UUAGUCGAUUCGUGGAUUGAAAUAUCAAAGCAAAAAGAGGCGUUCCACGUUGCUUUUAGCUCUAUAUUAUCUACUAUGUUAUUCCCUAUUGAAUCGAUAAACAGAUCUGUCUUAAAUUUCAAACACCAACAUUUUACCAGAGGCUCCCAUCGUAUCAUCGUUACGCAGUUGCAAUUUGGCAUCGCUGCAAAAAUGAUUUGCAAAACUGUGUUCUCAUCACUGUUAAUUCUAAUCCCGAUUAUUCUCGCCAACGGUGAUGAAUUGCGCCGCUACGGAGAUGAUCGUGAUUGGUACCUCGAUAAUCUAUUUGUGCCGAAUAGGAACCCGACGUUGCCACCUACUCGUAACUCACACCACGGGAUGGACGCCCCAAUGUAUGAGUACGAUUGUGAUGCACAUUUCGAUCUGAUCUGGAACGAGUUGGCGUUUCUUCGCAGUCUCCUGGACAAGUGUGAGGACUGCACCCGGAAUCAAUCCUUCCCGAUGCCAGAUACGGACUUUUGCUAUGAUGGGCUUUGCUACACUGGUGUUCCCUGUCGGGUUGUCAACAACAUUCCCUAUUGCGACUUGUGCCCAAUUGGAUAUGACGGUGAUGGACGCUCGUGUUCUCGACGGAAUCCCUGUGUGAAGCAUCCCUGCUUCGAAGGCGUCGACUGUGAGUUGAGUGAUGAUUUUCCGUACUACCGAUGUGGUGCGUGUCCUUCGGGAUACCAGGGUGAUGGUUAUAAUUGUAGCCGGUUCGAUUCCUGUGGGACUCGGCCGUGCUUCGAAGGUGUUAGCUGUCGAUGGGUGGAGAAACAACCCCAUUAUGAGUGCGGAGCGUGUCCGCAAGGUUACGAAGGGAACGGCCGGUGGUGUAGCAGGAACGCAUGUUUGGCUAAACCCUGCUAUGCAGGGGUCAAGUGUCACAAGAAACUUUCGGCACCGUUCUUCUUCUGUGGAGAGUGCCCAGUGGGGAGGGCAGGAAACGGAAUACUGUGUGGCGUAGACAGUGAUUCGGAUGGGUAUCCGGAUGAUAGUUUAAAUUGCAGGGAGCCUCAGUGUGCGAAGGAUAACUGUUGGCGUGUGCCGAAUUCGGGACAGGAGGAUAGCAAUGGUGAUGGGAUGGGGGAUGCCUGCCAGAACGAUGUAGACUCCGAUGGAAGACACAACGAACACGACAAUUGUCCACAUGUGGUGAAUCCUGGACAGGAGGACAACGAUGACGAUAAAAUUGGUGAUGCGUGCGAUAACUGUGUUAGAGUUAGCAACAUUGAACAGUUGGAUUUAGACGGGGAUGGAAUGGGAGAUUCCUGCGAUGCAGAUAUUGAUGGCGAUGGGUUGGACAAUGGACAAGACAAUUGCAAGUUGAUAUAUAAUGCGGAUCAGAGCGAUGGGGAUCAGGAUGGUACGGGGGAUGCUUGUGACAAUUGUCCGACUCGUUGGAAUUCGGACCAAAGGGAUUCCGAUGGAGAUGGGGUGGGUGAUGUAUGUGAUACGGAGCAAGACGUAGAUGCAGAUGGAAUUCAGGACGAUCGGGAUAACUGUAAAAAUACGGCAAACGCCGACCAGCUGGAUAGCGAUAACGAUAGCAUAGGCGAUGCUUGUGACGAUGAUAAGGAUAAUGAUGGGGUUCGUAACGAUGUAGACAAUUGUAUGCUUAUUCCGAACACGGAUCAAACUGAUGUCAAUUUGAAUGGCUUUGGCGACUUAUGCGAAGACGAUUUCGAUGGAGACAGUGUUGUGGACUGGAAGGACAACUGUCCUCGCAAUGGUAGGAUUAAACAAGCCGACUUCAGAAACUACACAACGGUGGCUCUCGAUCCGCAAGGAAACAGUCAAGAAGAUCCCCACUGGGAGAUACGAAAUCGCGGAGCGGAAAUCUUCCAAAAAUUCAACAGUGACCCAGGACUGGCGAUUGGACGCGACCGCUUGGAAGGAGUUGAUUUUGAAGGUACUUUCUACGUGGCAGACAAUUCGGAUGACGAUUUCGUAGGUUUCGUGUUCGGGUACGUCAACAAUCGCAAAUUCUAUUUCGUAUCGUGGAAGCAAGACGACCAAACGUACUGGGAGCAUUACCCAUUUACGGCUAGUGCUACCUCGGGAAUUCUGCUCAAGUUGGUGAACAGCCGAACAGGUCCGGGGGAAACGAUGCGGAAUAGUUUAUGGCACGAUGGUAGUGUUCCUGGCCAAACAAAGCUUCUGUGGCAGGAUUCGUGGAAAAGAGGCUGGCAACCAAAGAUUUCCUAUCGAUGGAAAUUGUUGCAUCGUCCUGCGAUUGGAUUGAUUCGAUUCAGACUAUACAGAGGGGAAAAAGUGGAAGCGGACUCCGGAAAUAUCUUCAAUGGCAACAUCAAAGGCGGUCGACUGGGCGUCUAUUGCUUCUCGCAAGAGUUGAUAACCUGGUCGAACUUAGUUUACCGUUGUUCCGAAACAAUACCGCGUAACAUUUUCAAUGAAGUUCGCACACAUUUGACACAAGAAAAAAUAGAUGACCUGGCAGUGGCUUACGAGAAUUGGUAAUUCAGACAGGUUUUUGAGGGGUUAAGCCGAAAUGCAAUUUUAUAUUUAAUACCAUGAUGAGUUCUCGGAAAUUCGCCCAGGGUUACAAAUCAGUAUCCAAUCAAAUAAAGAAAACAGAAAUAUCGCAAUUUCAUAAUCAUUCACAUGUACAAACAAUUGAAUCGUGUAAAGCCCCCGUCUAUGGCCAGAUCAUAACGAAACUCUACGAGCAUCUAUCAAAAUAAAUCGUAAUCCAUAUUUGCCGUUCAUUCCAUGGAAGUUACGUUCGCUAACAGAUGAUGACUUAAGAACCUCGCUCUAUUCCAAUACAUUUUUAGCACUAGGAUAGUCCAAGUGACGAAUUAUGAAUUACAUAAAUGGUAUACGACUCCCCAUAGGAAAUUAUAUGAGCAAUACGAA